AUGAUGCAGAUGCUGGAGAAAUUAAAAAGUCCCAUAAGUCUGUGAGACGUAGACAGAGGGAGGCAGCCAACAACCAAAAACAGGAGGAGGCACUUAAGUGUCAGUGGGAGACACAUCGAAGCUCAGUGUCUUCACACUCCAGUGGUGAUGAGGGGGAGGAGUCAGUUGUGACCAGACUUGCCCCUCCACCGGUAAUGCCGGAGAAUCCGCAGGCUCAGGCUACACCCAUGAACUUCAACAAGAACACUGAGGGUGACGGAGACCCUAAAACUGGGAACACCUGCAAUGCCCUGUCAGGUGCAUUCUCAGGUGUGUCCAACAUCUUUAGUUUCUGGGGGGAGAGUCGGGGGGGUGGUCAGUACCAGGAGAUUCCCAGCUGCAGCCUGGCCUCCCCCCCGCCCCUCAACGCACCGCUGAACAGCUUGAGCCGACAGCAACGCAAUCAACUGGACACACGGCUGGACCUGCUGCAGAAACAGCUCAACAGGUUGGAGAGUCGCAUGUCAACGGACAUCGGGGCAAUCAUGCAGCUCCUGCAGAGACAGAUGGCACUCGUUCCACCUGCCUACAGUGCCAUCUCAUCACCACCUCAGGCCUCACCCUAUGCUGGUCCCGGCCCAGGUCCAGGAGAGGGACUGGUCCAGCUUGUGACACCUCUGGAGACAGACACCCUAGCCUCCUUAACACAGAUCUUGGAUUCCGAGGACUUUGAGGAGUUCUCCACCAAGCCUCUUGACUCCCUGCGGCCCCAGGACUCCUCACUGAUCAAUGCCAGCGAGGGCCAGCUUGCCCCUGCUGUACUGGACAGCCUGGGGCAACAUCUGGAGAUGGGACUAGGAACUGGGGUAAUUUCAGGGCCAGCAGUAAGUUCAGGUUUAGAAUUAGAUUUAAGGAGCGGGGCAGCAGUGGGGUCAAGUUUAGGAACAGGGUUUGACUUUGGUUCUGGGGUAUGUAUGGGGGCUUUGGUUGGGCCAGAGGCUGGAACAGGAGUAUCUUCCAUGGAUCCUGAAACCCAAAGGAGGCUGUCCCUUCAAGAACCUCAGACACCUCUGGACUCAAGGACACCACACAGACACAGCUCGGACCCAGGGGGGAGCUAAGGAAGAGAGAGUGACGGGGGAGGAGAGUAGAAUUGAAGAGAGGGAGAGUGAGGAGAGUGAAUGAGAGUUUUAUUCAGCAGUUCACGAGGCAUGAGUUAGGAACUUUGAUACCUACCACCAAAACCCCUUAGGGCAAACCCCUUAGGGCAGCUACUGUAUCUUCACCAUUGAAAUUUCACCUCUGACCUCUCAAGAAAGGACACACAGCUCAGAGAGAGAAAGAGUGUGAAGCCAGGCUGAUCUGGUCUGGACCUUUCAGUCAGCCACUAUAUGAUGACACGUCUUUGCACACACAUAAAUGACUGCUUAUUUGUAGAAGAUCCCUUUACUGCUGUAUCUACAAACUGGACAAUAUCAGAAAGAAUAAUGACGAAACAAGUAGCCAUUUAUGUCUUGCACUGAAAAUCCUAUUGAUAUAAUAAUUAUUCUAUUCUACAUGUCCAUGGCGCUUCCAAUGAACUCACAAACUGGUCGGUGUUUGUAGUGUUAGCUGGCCUAACAGGAAACCUGCUAUCCUGUUCUGUUAUUGGUUCUUGACGCUCCCCCCUUCCCAAGAGCACACUGGAUUGGCUGGUUUGCACCUCAGGGGUGGGAACUGGAGGGUUAAAGCCAUGAAUUUUCUUGAUGAACAUAUCAGCUGCCCUGUCAGAAACGUUGUUUAGAUUUUCUAAUGAGUGAAGAACAUAUGGCACGCUUAGGCAGUGUUGCAAACAGGUAAACUGGCAAACACCAAAAACAGUUCACUAUAAAUAUUUAAACAAGCAGGAAAUCCCAGUUUACUAAUUCCAUGAGCUAUGAGUUGUGACCUUGUAGAGAAACCGUGAGUUGUGUUUGGUUAUCAAACACUAUGAUGUGAUAAAGUCAGCAAUGACAUGGUACUAGCCUGUUUUGAUUCUAAAAAUCAAAACACAUGCAUAAAGGGAAAAAAAUAUUGAGUGAUUCUAGGUUAUCAUAGUUGAAUUUGCUACCUCAGAUUUCAUUGGUCCUUCAUUCUUUUUGCCUGGGCAAGCACCCAGAAUGCUUUUACCUUGUAUAUACAAGUUGGUCACGUGAUACAUAAAUAUACAAGUUUGCCAGUUUACAAUGACCAGCCGAAUGCGUCCUUAUUCUAUGUAUGGUACAAUAUGCAAACACUGGCAACAAGAGAUGAGUGUGCUUUAAUCUUUAUGAGUGAGAUAAGUUCAGGUCCAAAGCUAUUUAUGUUUGUUUGUCCUGUUAUUUUGUCUUUCAGUAUGUAGAGUAUGACAUAAAGUGUCUUUGCUUCCACAUACUGUAGAGGGUCACUUGGUUUUAUUGAUUAGGACACAUUUAUUUUCUUUGCCCCAAACUGAUUUUAUUCUUGUUUAAACAGGCAAGUAAAUUGUUAAUGUUUUGAAUCUAGACGGCAGAAAUGAAAACCCUUUAAAAUACUUACUAAGUUAUACAAGUCAUAGCAAUCCCAGGAGGAAGAAAUUGUACUUUAGCACCACUGUUUCUGGGAAUAUUUGAAGUCCUCAAAUACACAUCUGAUCAUUGUCAUGUCAUAUUAGCAGGCCACCAACACACUUGAAUGGAGUGACCAUCUAUCACACUGCACCGUUCAGGAUCAUCAAAGGUUACCACAGCUCAGGUUGAAUUUGGCUUUGUGCAGUGGAAUUAUACUGCUGUACUGUAUGAUAUACUGCAGAUUUACACCACAGUACCCGACAAAUAACACCACUUUAUAAGAACAAGGGGAGGUAAAGUAUAGAAGUGAUCAUGAAACUGUGACUUGAAAACAUCUUUGGUCCAUGCCUUCAUUUUCCUAAAUAAUACUUUAUCCCUUCAUCGGAAGGCAAAGCAGGGCAAUACCUCACCAGUCACCAGAUACAUUUGGCCUGUCGGAGAAAUGGCAACUUAAUAGUGUACUCAUUUAUGAAUGUUCUUUUGACUUCAGUCAUAUUGUAGGUUAGUGAGCAGUGUUAAUAACAUAAAAUUGUGCUUUCGACACAUUGGACAACUAGGAACAUUUACACUUCCCCUUUUAGAUUUUCCUAACCAUGAAUGGAAUACAUAGCAAUGUAAAUUUUCCACAGGAUUUAUAAUAAGAUGAUACAUUUCAAAAUGUGGAAAUGAACAAGGUAUAGUGGCACCACUGUUAAGGGCGGAGUCUGGAGUUUACCCAGAUCCCCCAGGGUAGGCAGAGAAAUACAAAAUAAAAAGAGUAGGUACGAUGAAGUUUGUUUUUAUCCAUAAGUGUCCAUUUCUGCAAAAUCUUCCAGUUUCAUUAGUUUAUAGUUUGAGUUGCCAAGAUGAAGGAAAAUAAAAACCUGUGACAUCUUCAAAUUGUCUUCCCUGAUACAAGACUAUAUGGGCAGACCCUUUCCUGUACCACACAAUAAAGUCAUAACAGAGAAGGGAAUGCCUGUUGAAGUGCAAUAGUCCUUUAAACAGUUAAGACUUGUAGCAGCUUAAUCACAUCUGUUACUUUUUAGCACUUUAUUUCUUAAACAGUGCAGAUGUUUAAUAACGGCUCAGGAACGUGUCAUUGAUGUUAGAGGAUUCAUUUUCUUAAGUCUCAGAACUCAAAACAAGCCAAUCAGAAGGAAGGAGAGAAACACUGGAAGGAAUGUAACAUUUGAAUAAGUUAACAUCCUAAAUGUUAACUCUGGCAGAAUUCCCCUUUAGAAGAAUUGUGAAAAUGUUUAUUUUGCUGCUUGCUGGUCUAAGCUGUUGUAUUUAUGUAUUGUUGUUGGAUUACUUCUGUUUGUUUGUGGAUUGUACCCACUAUGAUUUAUCUCUUUAUCCUGGGUUAAUGAACAGCUCAUUUGGAGGAGCACGUGGACACUUUCUGUGUAAACAUGUCACUGCCCAUGUUCUUGUGUUCUUUUAUUCAUAAUCCUGAAAUUUACACUCAUCCAACCACUCUCAAUAUUUAUUCAAUAUUUUUGGGUAAGUGUGCUUGGUGAGCAGUACAUAUUAAUAAUAUUAUUAUUAUCAUUAGUAAUGCUAAACUAGUCAAUUCCCAAAUGCACACACAGCCACAUUGAAUAUACAGUGUGUACGUGGCCUGUUUGACCUCUGUCACAGUUGGCUGAAAGUUCAACCAACCAACAAGAACUUUCAGAUGAAUGGUGAUUUUUAACAUGUCACUGUGUUGUAUUAGAGUUUGCUACAAUGUUGCUAGAAUCAAUUUGAUCAGCAUUUUGUAGUGUAAUGUGAGUGAAGCUGAUAAGCUGACAUUGACCAAAUGUACUGAGUUCUUUUAACUACUGAACCCUAUCUGCUGCUUGUUGUGUUUUAUUUGUUUUACUUUGCUGACGUCAGCUUUUACCAGCAGUCCCUGCUUGCAGUCUCCAGGAUUACAAAUCAAUCUUUAUCUAAAAAUGUCCAGUAAAUACCAAGUGAAUCUGGAAUUCCAUGAAGUUCUUCACCAGUGAAUCCUUUCUUUUUUACAAUGCAGUGCUGAAAUACUGAUUUUCUGAUACUGAGUGGGCUCUCCUCGCCAUCACACAUAUUGUAGCGAGAGUGUUUCUAGUGUUUAAUAACAGUCACCUAGUGGCCUGAACUGUAUCUUUACAUUCAGAACUAUGACCUCAAAACUAGAAUGUGGUUGUUGUCAACUCUUGUCAUUUGACCUUGUAUUUGACCCUAGACUUAAAUGGAAUAUUCAGUGCUAGAGAAUACAUUUAUGUAAUGCAUACUGCAUAUUAUAACAGUAGAGGGUGCGCUUUGAAUAAAAAAAAUCCAUGGGG